GCCGCGGCCGCGGAGAGGCGGGGGGAGACGGCGGAGGCAGCCCGGGGAAGGCGGCCGAGGGCUGCCCCGCCGCUCGGGCACGGCGGAGCCUCCGCCCCGCGGACAGAAGUUUGCUGCCGAAAGAGGAGGAAGAGGGAAAAAAAAAUAAUAAUAAUAAAAAAAAAUUAAUAAGAAUAAAAUUAAAAAAAAAAAUAAGGCAAGGAAGCGCCUUCUCCGCAGCUGCCCCGGAGGGAUGCGGCGAAGAACGGCCGGCGGGAGCCCGGCCCGGUUGCGGGCAUGACCCGGGACCCGGGACCGGAGCGGGGCUGAGCCGGCAGCGGUGUGAGCCCUUCGCCCCGGGAGGGUCGGAGCGGGGCGGCGGGGACGCCUCCCGCCCUGCCCAAACCUCCGCGCAUCCUCCGGCACCGCCUGCCCGGGCCCUACCGAGAGCCGUACCGAACCGUACCGAGCCGUACCGAGCCGAGUCGGUGUGAUCCGAGCCGUGCCGAGCGGUAGGAUGAGGGGCAUCCUCUACUUCUGCACGCUGAUCCUCCUGGAAGGUAUGGCGGAAGCUGUCAGCUCUAGCAGGGACUGCCUUCAAGCCGGUGAGUCCUGUACCAAUGACCCCAUCUGCAGCGCCAAAUUCAGGACCCUCCGGCAAUGCAUCGCAGGCAAUGGAGCCAACAAGCUGGGCCCCGAUGCCAAGAACCAGUGCCGGAGCACCGUGACGGCCCUGCUCUCCAGCCAGCUAUACGGCUGCAAGUGCAAGCGAGGCAUGAAAAAGGAGAAGCACUGCUUGAGUGUCUACUGGAGCAUCCACCACACGUUGAUGGAAGGCAUGAAUGUACUGGAGAGUUCCCCUUACGAGCCGUUCAUCAGAGGCUUUGAUUACGUCCGGCUGGCAUCCAUCACCGCAGGGUCUGAGAACGAGGUGACCCAAGUGAACCGGUGUCUGGACGCUGCCAAAGCCUGCAACGUGGACGAGAUGUGCCAGCGGCUGCGGACGGAGUACGUCUCCUUCUGCAUCCGACGCCUGGCCCGGGCCGACACCUGCAACCGCUCCAAGUGCCACAAGGCUCUGCGCAAGUUCUUCGACCGCGUGCCACCCGAGUACACCCACGAGCUCCUCUUCUGCCCCUGCGACGACACGGCCUGUGCCGAACGCCGGCGGCAGACCAUCGUUCCUGCCUGCUCCUACGAGUCCAAGGAGAAGCCCAACUGCCUGGCGCCUCUGGACUCCUGCCGGGAAAACUACGUCUGCAGGUCACGCUACGCAGAGUUCCAGUUUAAUUGCCAGCCGUCCCUGCAGGCUGCGAGCGGCUGCCAGAGGGACAGCUAUGCUGCCUGUCUGCUGGCGUAUACGGGGAUCAUAGGCAGCCCCAUCACACCCAACUACAUUGACAACUCAACUUCCAGCAUAGCUCCCUGGUGCACAUGCAAUGCCAGCGGCAACAGGCAGGAAGAGUGUGAGAGCUUUCUGCAUCUCUUCACCGACAAUAUCUGUCUCCAAAAUGCCAUUCUGGCCUUUGGCAAUGGGACCUACCUGAAUGCGGCUGUGGCCCCAUCCAUCCCCCCCACCACACAGAUGUACAAGCAGGAGCGAAACGCCAACAGAGCCGUGGCGACCCUCAGAGAGAACAUCUUCGAGCACCUCCAGCCCACCAAGGUGGCUGGAGAGGAGAGGCUCCUGCGGGGCUCCACUCGUCUGUCAUCAGGGACCUCCAGCCCAGCAGCUCCCUCCCGCUGGGCAGCCUCUCCGCUGCAGAUGUGGCUUCUCCCCGCUCUUGCUGUGCUGAGCGUCUUCGUGAUGUGAAGCAGGGCGGGCUCACGCCAGGCAGAGACUCUCUUUGUGUUGGUUUCUUUACAAAACAACUAGAUCAGUAACUUUUUUGGG